AUGUCUUCCCGUCUCAUCACCUUCGGCUUCUUCGCCGCCUCCAUCUCUCAGGUCCUGGCCUCGUGCGCCUACGGAACUCACUUGGAUCCUCGCGCUGAGGAGGGAAAGGUCAAGGUCAACAACUUUGCUUACACCGGCAGCAAUGGCCCCUUGAACUGGGUCGCUCUGGAUGCUACUGCCAACCAGCUGUGCGCCACGGGAACCACCCAGUCCCCUAUCGACAUGGUCGCCGGCUCCUUCAACGUUCUCCCCGGAAGCUCCAUCAACCUCGAGAUCCCCGACAUGGCCGAGGGCACCGAGUUCGAGAACCUGGGAACCACCGUCGAGGUUAUCGCCAAGGGUGGAUCGAUGCAAGUUGGAGGCAGUAACUUCACCCUGCAGCAGUUCCACUUCCACUUGCCUAGCGAGCAUCUCGAUGCCGGAAAGAGCAUGGCUAUGGAGAUGCACAUGGUCUUCGAGGGUGCCAACCAGGAGAUUGCUGUCAUUGGUACCUACAUCGACUUGGAGCAGGGCGCUGCCGCUGCCGCCCCCGCCGCCCCGGUCGCUGAGGCUGCUCCUGCUAUCCCCGCGAUGGGAACCAACCCGAUCAAGGCCGAGGCUGCUUCUUCCAACCUGCUUGAGACUGUCUUCUCUUCCCUCGAUGCCAUCAAGGAGCCCGGUACCGUCACCAAGACUGGCGCGCUGGACAUGCAAGAAGUUGUUACCCUGCUCUCCGCCGGUAGCUUCCAGAGCUACAUGGGUUCCCUCACCACUCCUCCUUGCUCCGAGGGUGUUCAGUGGCUCGUCUCAACUCAGCGUCUGAUGGUCCAGCCCCAAACCUUCACUGCCGUCCGCGAUGUCAUUGGCUUCAACGCCCGAUUCCCCCAGAACACCCUCGGCCAGGCCAACAUCAUCCAGGUCGCCCAGCAGAGUCUGGCUACCGCCAACAUUGCCAACCCCAUUGCUGCUGCUCCCGCUGUCGCUGCUCCUGUUGCCGCUGAUCCCGUUGCCGCUGCGCCCGCCGCCCCCGCUGCUGAGGCUGCCAAGGAAGCUGCUCCCGUCGCCGCCCCGGCCGCUCACGCUUAG